AUGUCAGCAGCCGGUCUGACACAUCUAGAAGAGGGCAUCUUGAAACACUGGAGUCUAGGGCGGAUCGUGCUUGUCGGAGAUUCCUGUCAUAAAUUCACAACCCAUCUCAAGCUCGGAUUCAACAAUGGAGUUCAGGAUGUGGUGGUAUUGUGCAAUGCUCUCCGAGCGGCGAUUGAAAACAUAACAAAUCGGAACCCGGAUCUUGCUACCCUGACAGAGAUGUUUGUGGGAUGUGAGACGCUUCGUAAGAGUCCGGAGUGUUCGCUCGUUGCCGAUUUGGCGAAUUCGGGAUUGGAGACGCGCAUGCAUACGUGGUGA